GGUGAGAGUCUGUGCUCGGCUAGUGUUCAUGUUCCUAAUAUUCCCCCGCUCCACACCCCUCUAAGCCACACACUCAUUAUAACUCUACUACACUAUGGCCGCUCCUUAACCUCCUAGCUAACUGAUCUUAGAGAUGGGUUAAAGGGCAGGGAGGAAAAUAGUGUUAGUGUGUGUGGAGGCGGCGUGUGGCAGGUGGUGGAGGUGUUGGAGUAAGAAUGGAGGACUGGCAAUAGUGGAGGUGGUGGUGUCAAGUGCGGUGACUUAGUCCCUUCCUACCGUGUCACGGCCUGAAAAAAUGGCUUCCUCCGACUUCGUGACGGAGGUGGAGGUCCAGCCGGAGAUACAGGAGGUGGAGAUAGAGGCCAUACCGGUGGAUAUGCCCGUGGAGACCAUAGAGACCUACGACGGUGAACCCAUCAUCGCUCUCCAACAGUUGCCCGAACCUGGUCGCGAGGAGAUCAUUUUCCAGACGCAGGAGGAGGUGGUGGGCGAGCAGGAGAUCCCCUACGAGAUCCCGGUGCCCGUGGACAGCGACGUGUGUGUGGAGUCGUCGCCGGGGCCCUCCAAGAAGCACCACAAGAAGGGCCAGAAGCGGAGACGAGAGCUGGACGAGUUCACCUCCAUCGCCAGUGUGGGCCAGAAGUGGGAGCAGAAGCAAGUGCAGAUCAAGACGUUGGAGGGGGAGUUCUCUGUGACGAUGUGGUCCUCGGGGGUAGACGAAGAUGACCUCAGUAACCCAGAACCAGAUCCAGACUAUACAGAGUACAUGGCCGGAUCAAACAAGAAGUUGGCUGGUAUACCUGGAGUUGACCUAUCCGACCCUAAACAGCUAGCAGAGUUUGCAAAGAUAAAACCAAAGAAAUCUAGUAGUGAUGACAUUGCUAGAACAAUUGCCUGUCCACACAAGGGUUGUAAUAAAAUGUUUCGCGACAAUUCUGCCAUGAGAAAACACUUACAUACUCAUGGUCCUAGAGUACAUGUGUGUGCAGAAUGUGGUAAAGCUUUUGUAGAGUCUUCAAAACUUAAAAGGCACCAGCUUGUACACACUGGAGAAAAACCUUUUCAGUGUACAUUUGAGGGCUGUGGCAAGAGAUUUUCAUUGGAUUUUAAUCUAAGAACUCAUGUACGAAUUCACACAGGAGAUCGACCCUAUGUAUGUCCAUUUGAUGGAUGUAAUAAGAAAUUUGCUCAGAGUACCAACCUUAAAUCACACAUCCUCACCCAUGCCAAAGCGAAAAACAACAUGCGAGCAGCUGCCAAUACAACACCACAGUACGAGACAGAUUACAACUCGACUCAACAGUACGUGCAGGUUGAGAUGCCCUCACCAGAUGACCAACAGUUUGUUAUUUACACCAGCUAAUUUAUGUGUAAAAUAAUUGGUGUAUUCAGAGACAAUUGACUGUUGUGCACAAGCGUAUUUUCUAUGUGAAGUGACUUUUAAAGAUUCCAGUGGAUAUGAACUUGUGCACAGUUGUACAGUACUGUAAAGGAACAUUUUACAAAUGAACGCAGUGAUAAGCUAACAAGUGCAUUAUUAUAAUUUUGUUUAUUGUAAAUUAUAUAAAUAUGGCUUUAGUAAGGUAGGCCAGUCAGUGCUUUGGAAACUACUAAAUAAAUACUGAAUAAGUUUUGGUGCAGUUUCAAGUUAUUUAUCUCCAGAAAAUAUAUCAUUUUCAAUCAAAAGCUACACAAAUGUGAGCAGCAGCAGCAGAAGUCUACGCAUAAACCAAGCAGACUAAAGGGGCCGGGAGCUGCACUGGAGAGACAAGUGCCAUGGAGCGAUUUGCAAAUCCUAAUGCAAGAAAGCAAGAAGUCAUAAUUAUUUGAUUAAGAAGACCAGUUGUGAUUUUGACUGCCAAACUCAAAUGUCAGUUGAUAAAUACUUUCUAUUGUUGUAAUUUUGUUUUUGGAUAAGCAGGUUUUAUAUUGUAAUUAUCAAGUAGUACUUGUAGUGGGUGAAAUGUGUUUUCACAGAUUUUGAUUCAAUUCACUAAACAAACUGCAAGAAACAAAAUUACAUUUUGCUACAUUAUUCUUAUGUAUCUAAAAUUUUGAACGUUAUAUAUAAAUUACAUCCAAGGGUGAAAUAUUUACUUUGCAAUUGUAGUUUGGAGAAGACUUUGAGCUUGUGCAUUAUUAACCAACAGGUGUGUGUGUGUGUGUUUUGUAAGAAUGUUUGUUGUAUGUGUAACAUUACAACUCUGGUAACUGGUUACAGUUUGUUUCCCCUAUACCAGUGUACAUAAUAAUGUUAACAGUGCUCGUGUGCAUGUAUUGUUGGCCCGUACUUUCUCUACCUCUCAUACAGAGAAUCUUAGGUGUUGAAAAUGUAGUACAAAAAUUAUAUAAAUAAUUUUUUAUACAUUUAUAAUUGGAAAAAUAACAGCAAAUUUUUUAAUAGGUUUAGUUAUCUUUCUUAUAGCUAAAUUGUAUUAGAUAACUGAAAUUCAGUUGUUUCAAUGAAAAGGAAUGUGAUAUAAUAAUUUAAUCUGUAAUUUUGUUACAAAUGUGAGGUCUUCAUCUUUAAUGUAAAUGAUAUUUGGAAAUUAUACCAAAAUUACUGAAACCAGUUUGUGGAGGGCACUGUUCAAGUUUGCAAUGGCUGAGAAAAUGCAUAAAGAUGCUAGAGUAUAAACCACUCUGCUUUAAUAAAUACACAAGCUAGCUAGCAUUUAUUAAACAAAAAGUGGGAUAUCAAAAGGCUAGCAUCACGUGCACCAUUCCCUCUUUUUGAAUUAGCAAUUUUGACAUUGCUAUUGACUGGCUCCAUGCAUAUCAUGGAGAAUAUUGCCCUUGAAACUUGGCACGAGUUUGUGACGGACUCCAUACACAUCAUGGACAGUAUUGCCCUUAGAACUCUGCUCAAGCAAGUGACCGCUCCAUGCACAUCAUGGACAGUAUUAACUUGACAACUCUGCCUGAGCCUUGAAUCAAAUUCCUGUCUCAUGGCUUGCAUCUCCCGAGUAUUAAAAUUUGUCCUUUGUUUUGUAAUAAUUAUAGUUUAGGUAAUGCAUUGCUGAUGUAAUCAGGAUAAACCAUGUAUAGACAACUUUCCAAUGACUGCUGAUCACGUUUAUUUUAGAGAAGUCCUGUGAGGAUGAACCAAGCAGGUCUCUAAAUUAUAAACUAACUUAAUAGAGCUGACAGUACUUUCAAUACACUAAUAUUUAUUCAGGCAUAUUAGUAAUAAAGAAAUUGUAUUUUAUAUGAGUAAAAUUUUGAUGUAGA